AUGUUCGGCGUCGUCUUCCCCAACCGCAGCUUCCCUCUGGACAUCUCCACCUUCGCCCAGAUCGACGCCACCCACUGGCUCCUCGACAUGAACCACUUCGUCGGAGAGUCCUACGAAUCCAUCCGCGAGGUCUGCAUCUUCCUCCUCAACGGCUUCAGCCUCCCGCCGGACAAGGCCCUCGCCGUCUACAUCCAGUCCCCCGGAAGCGCCUUCCUCUUCUGCGGCGCCGUCACCGUCUCCCGCCCCUCCGCCGUGCUCUCCCUCCCCUGGCCGGAUCCGGGUGCCGGGGGCGUCCCCCAGCUCACGGCGGCCGACGCGCCGCCCCUCUCCGCCAAGAUCGGCGUGUCGGUGGAGGACCUGGCGUCGCUGCCGUCGCUCGAUGUGGCGGCGGAGAGGAGGAUCGAGCGGAUGGCGCUGAGGGUCGGCGAGAACCUGUUCAACUUCAUGCAGUCGUUCUGCGGGGUGGACGGGUCGAAGCUGGUGGUGCCCACCGAUAUCUUGGACCGGUGGUUCAAGAAGUUUCAGGAGAGGGCCAAGCGUGACCCGGAGUACCUCAAAGGUUUCGCCUUGUAG